UAUGCCCACUUCCCAUGUUGUCAACUAUUUAGACAGUCUCAUGCAAGGAAUUAUGAGAUCAUUCACAAGCUGUCAAGCUACAGACAUGGACCAGUUGUUUGUUUGGAUUUCUCUCCUGCUCACAUACAUGCCAGUAACACAGGGCAUGGAAGCAGCCGAGAGCAGCGAGGUGAUCUUUCGGAAAACAGGACAAAACGCUGUUCUCCCAUGUACGGCUAGUACACGGUGUUCGCCCAAAGAUGUGAAUUAUGAGUGGUUUUCUUUCAAACAACACUCCCAUGUUCGUCUAAACCUGAAUGAUAUUCAACACAAGUACAGCCUGGAUGGAUCAUCGUUGCACAUUAAGUCACUACAUACUAAUGACAGCGCGAUCUACUACUGUGCUGCGUCGUGUGGAGGACAAGCGCCCGGCAGAGAGCAUGUAGGGUCGGGUACAAUUCUCAGAGUGAGGGAACACGUUAAAAUAAUGGUGAGACGCAUUCUUCUGUGGUUAUCAUUUGUCCUCUUGGCCAUCUACAGCUCGGUAUUAGUGACGCUUCUUCUAAAGAAGUAUGGCUGCAAGACUGUCUGCAGGAGGAAGCGCAAAACUGUCAAGAAUAACUCAACAAAAAAAACACAAUUCCGUGAUGUGUUGCAAGAACUGUACAGCAGAAGGAACUUGGAGAGAAGCAAACAAACUGCGAACAGAAAGCGAUCUCAAGCUGAGGCUCCUAGCACUGAGUCCAACAGCCAAACUGAUGACGUCUAUCAAAAUGUCUAAGUCCUUACUUCAAGGACAUUAAAUGGCAGAUUUCGACCUCCAUCCUGACUGGGAGGAAAUUCCAAAGCGCUGAAACACCUGCUGGACGGUGCAGUUAUGUGACAGAGGAAAUGAGCAGCCCUAACCAAGCUGCAUGUUGCAGCACAACAAAAGGUCCUGAGUCACUGUUCCUUUUCUUUCAGUUUCAGCAGCAGUAGAGAGACUCUCCUGUGACAUUUGACGUUAAUCUAAACGUUCUGUUGAUUGGAGCAACUUUUUUAUUCUUCAGUGUUCAGAAAUGUAGCUGAGUCACAUGGUCUUCAAUUUCAUUUCCUCCAUAUAUUUAGAAUAGUUUGACAGAAGACAGUGAAACAUAGCACUCGUAAUGUACAUUUUCAGUUCACUAAUGAAAGUGGAAAUUGAAGAAGCACGUAGGCAGCAGGGUUAAUAAAGCUCUUAGAAAACUGCGCCAACUCUCUUGAGAAGACUCCAGGUGAUAUUUUAAUAGGAUAUCAGUAUUUUAU